GGGAUGCCCCGCGCCCCGACCUGCCAAGAAGCGCGACGCUGAUUGGUGGCUUGGCAGCAGCCGGGCGGCCGGAGCGACAGAGGCCGCAGGAAGCGAGUCGGGGGCCGCCGGUGGGGCGAGCGGAGGCGCCGCGAUGGUGCUGGAGAGCACGAUGGUCUGCGUGGACAACAGCGAGUACAUGCGCAACGGGGACUUCCUGCCCACCCGCCUGCAGGCGCAGCAGGACGCCGUCAACAUCGUCUGCCACUCCAAGACCCGCUCCAACCCCGAGAACAACGUGGGGCUCAUCACGCUGGCCAACAACUGCGAGGUGCUGACCACGCUGACACCAGACACAGGCCGCAUCCUGUCCAAGCUGCAUUCGGUGCAGCCCAGAGGAAGGAUCACCUUUUGCACCGGCAUCCGAGUGGCUCACCUGGCUCUGAAGCACCGCCAGGGGAAGAACCACAAAAUGCGCAUCAUUGCCUUUGUUGGGAGUCCCGUGGAAGACAACGAGAAGGACCUGGUGAAACUGGCCAAGCGGCUAAAGAAGGAGAAGGUGAACGUGGACAUCAUCAACUUUGGAGAAGAGGAGGCCAACACGGACAAGCUGACGGCUUUCAUCAACACCCUGAAUGGCAAAGAUGGCACCGGCUCCCACCUGGUGACGGUGCCUCCUGGGCCGAGCUUGGCCGAUGCCCUCAUCAGCUCGCCCAUCUUGGCUGGAGAGGGAGGAGCCAUGCUGGGCCUGGGGGCAAGCGACUUUGAGUUUGGCGUGGAUCCCAGUGCUGACCCAGAGCUGGCACUGGCUCUCCGGGUGUCGAUGGAGGAACAGCGACAGCGUCAGGAGGAAGAGGCCCGGAGAGCAGCUGCUGCAUCAGCUGCCGAGGCCGGUAUUCCCUCCACGGGCGGGGAUGAUUCAGACGACACUCUGCUGAAAAUGACCAUCGGGCAGCAGGAAUUUGGCCGCGCCGGUCUGCCGGACCUGAGCACCAUGACCGAAGAGGAGCAGAUAGCCUAUGCUAUGCAGAUGUCUCUUCAGGGAGCUGAGUUUGGGCAAGGAGAGUCGGUGGAGGGGGAGAGCUCGGCUGACAUGGACACGUCGGAGCCCACCAAGGAAGAAGACGAUUAUGAUGUGAUGCAGGAUCCUGAAUUCCUGCAGAGUGUUUUGGAAAACCUGCCAGGGGUGGACCCCAACAACGAGGCCAUCCGCAACGCUAUGGGCUCGCUGGCCUCGCAGGGCUCCAAAGAGAACAAGGAGAAAAAGGAGGAAGAGAAGAAAUGAGCGGGGGGGGGAGAGGGGACUGAGUCCCUCCUUGUCCUUGUGUCCACACACCUGCAUCCAGGUUGUGUGGCCUGGUAGCGUUCGGUUUCCAUAAUGUUUCUGGGCUGUCUGUCUCUGCAGGGACGUGGGAUCCCGGGGGUGGGUGGGGUCCUUUUCGCAUUUUGCUUCUGGUUCAACAGUUAAUAAAACCCUUAAAUUUUCUCCCUA